UUCAGUUUAUAGUUUCAAUGUCAGUUUCAUAGUUUUACUGAAUACAACUGUUCAAUUGUUUUGUUGUUCUUUGUUAAAUUUCAGCAGAUCCUUUUAAAAUGAAUUGUUUCGCUAGUGUUUUUGUUAUCGUUGCUGCAUUGGUUGCUGUGUCUCAGGCAAAUGUCAAUGAUCCGAAAUUAAAGUCCAUCCUUGAACAAUGUAUCGGUUCGGAGAAAGCUUCGCCAGCUGAUAUAGCAGCGUUGGAGGCGCGUUCAUCAGACUUAUCAAAAGAAGCCAAGUGCGUUAUUUCUUGCGUAAUGAAGAACUACAAACUUCUUUCAGACGAUGGAAAAGUUAAUAGAGAUGUAUUCAUGACAGAAGCCGAAGAAAUGACCAAGGGUGAUGCUGGCGCGAUGAAGGAAGCCGGUGAAAUGUUCGAAAUUUGCUCAGCUAAAACUGUCGCUGACCCAUGUGAAUCUGCUUUCAAUUUCGGACACUGCAUGAAAACCGAAAUGACUGCAAGGAAUAUCCCAAUGGAUUUCUAAGUUCCACAGCGACAAUAUGGAAGAAAGGUUUAGAAGAAACCAUGAAAUCGAAGCAAAGGAUUAUAAGGAAACAUGAAAUUGAAACCCGAAUAAUAUGCAGUAGUUAGUUUUUAAUUUAAAUGUUCGUGUGAUGUUAAAGCAGCAAAGAAAAUGUUCACUAAA